UUUUUAUAAUAAUUUAGUAUAAAUAUGCUAUCUAAAAGCUAACAAACAUAUAAAUAAUUUACUUUAUUGGAGCUUCAAGACAUUGACAAGUUUAAUUUUCGACUAUGGAGUUGAUUUUAUGGAAAAACAUCCAUCCUGCCGGAAAGCAAGCAAUUUUGUGUUUUCUAGUUUGUGCUUCUACUUUCACGAUAUCUUUUUUCUCGGGGAGCAUCCUGGGCUUCUCCUCGGAGCUGUGGGCGCUGACGUACUGGGGCCCGGGGCUGUACUUCUGCUUGUUUAAUUUCAUUCUCAGAUAUUGUUACCGGGGCUUCAUAUAUGAGGUAUCCGUCAGAUCAGCAUUUCUCGGUGCGGCUUUCGCCACUGGCCUCUACCUCAGCACCUUUGACUCGGGCUGGCGAGUGUUCGGCCUCUACACCAUGGUGCUCACCUUCUUCCACUUCUCGGAGUUCAUGGCGGUGGCACUGACGAACCCUCGGACGCUGACCAUUGACUCGUUCAUAUUGAACCACAGCCUGCAGUACGGGCUCGCUGCUGUUGCUAGUUGGACGGAAUGGGCUGUGGAGUAUUACUUCUUUCCUGGAAUGAAGACAUGUUUCUUGGUGUCGGCAGUAGGGUUCCUCAUGUGCGUCGGCGGUGAGCUGAUGAGGAAGUCGGCUAUGGUCACGGCCAAGACCAACUUUAAUCACACCGUGCAGUUCGUGAAGAAACCGGACCACGAGCUGGUGACGCACGGCGUGUACUCGCUGUGCCGGCAUCCCAGCUACGUCGGCUGGUUCUACUGGUCCAUUGGCACGCAGAUAACCCUUCUAAACCCGAUCUGCGCGGUGCUAUACACGCUGGCCUCCUGGCUCUUCUUCCGCGAACGCGUCGAGGCCGAAGAACUGACGCUCCUGGCCUUUUUCGGCCCCCAGUACGAGCGGUACUGUCGGGACGUCGGGACUGGUCUACCUUUCAUAAAAGGGUACCAGCCUGAUGAGGAGAAGGUACCUAAACAACGGAGUUAUUGA